GGGAAAAAAGCGAGAAAAAUUCGUUAAAAAUCCUCCCGGUCGGCCACUUUUAUUAACAAGAGCUAGUCGUCGCUCUCCCUCCCCACUCCACUCACCUCCAAACAAAGGGGGUGAGAAAACCCACCGCACCUCCCCUGCCCCAGCUCUGUCUCUUCCCCACCCGCCCCAAUGUCGCCGCCCCUCGAGCCCCACGACUACAUCGGCCUCUCCGCCGCCGCGCCGCCGACCCCGACCUCCUCCUCCUCCUCCUCCUCGUCCUCCCCCGCGCCCCGCCUCACCCUCCGCCUCGGCCUCCCGGGCUUCGAGUCCCCUGACCGCGGCCGCGACUGCUCCGAGGACGUCGCCGCCACUCUCACCCUCGGCCCCCUACCGGCUCCCCCCAAGACCGCCGCCACCUCCAAGCGCUCCUACCCUGACUCCUCCGCCCACCACGCCGGCUCAUCAGUUGCGGGCGCCGCCGCCAGGACCGGCGAGGACAAGGCGCCCCCCGCAGCGCCGCCGGCCGCCAAGGCGCAGGUGGUGGGAUGGCCGCCAGUGCGGAACUAUCGGAAGAACACCCUCGCCGCGACCGUCUCCAAGAGCAAAGGGGCGGUGGAGGAGGGCGCGUCCGGAGGUGGGCCGAUGUAUGUGAAGGUGAGCAUGGAUGGCGCCCCGUACCUCAGGAAGGUCGACCUCAAGAUGUACUCCAGCUACGAGGACCUCUCCAUGGCGCUCCAGAAGAUGUUCAGCUGCUUCAUUACUGGUCAAAGCGGUCUACGCAAAUCAUCAAGCAAAGACAGGCUUACUGAUGGUUCAAAGGCGGAUGCCCUCCAAGACCAAGAGUACGUCCUUACAUAUGAAGAUAAGGACGCUGACUGGAUGCUUGUUGGUGAUCUUCCUUGGGAUUUAUUUACCACUAUCUGCCGAAAAUUGAAAAUAAUGAGAGGAUCUGAUGCUGCUGGAAUAGCUCCAAGAUCACUAGAGCUGACAAGUCAGAACAAAUAAGCUUGACCUCCGACUGCGCUUUGAAGCGGACACUGAGGUAGCUGUGAGAUGAUGCUGAAGGAAGGAGGGAAGUAUCUCAUUUCUCAGAUGUUAGUACUGUAGUUUCUUGUAUUUCUUAGACGUAUGCAUUUGUAUGUCUGUGAUAUGAUCCUUUAGAUCGCGCAAUAUGGGGUGCCCUCUUCUGAACUUUGAAGUUCAGGCAUCACUCUGCCUUCCUGUGCGCUUGAUUUCCUACAUUCUUGUUAAAGAGUUGUACCAGAAAUAUGUUACAUUCUGAAAUCAUCCAUCAUGUCACAAGAGCUGAUGGUGCGUAAUAUCGAGAAAGCUGCCCUAAUUGUUCA